AUAGAUAUCGAAGUGCAAUUGAAAUUGAAAUCCCAAAUUGUAAAACCCCAUAGUUGGAAUCGACGCAGGUGAGCUUGAAAUUUACGAUUGUGAUUAGCGGAAGAGGAAAAAGAGAUGCCUCAGAGGCAUUCGAAGAACAACAACGACCUCGCGUUCUUCACGUACGACGAGAAGCGGAAGCUAGGGUAUGGGACCCAGAAGGAGAGGCUGGGCAAGGAUUCCAUCAAGCCCUUCGAUGCUUGCUGCCUCUGCUUGAAGCCCUUCAUUGACCCCAUGAGCUGCCACAAAGGUCAUGUCUUUUGUAAAGAGUGCAUUCUCGAGUGCUUGUUGGCUCAGAAGAAAGACAUUCAAAGAAAGCUUGCAGCCCAUGCUGCUCAGCAGAAGCAAGAAAAAGAAGAAGAGGAGGAGAAAUUGAUGUUACAAAAGACUAAAGAGCUCGAUGCGUUUGAUCAGCAAAAUCAUGGUGCUGUACCACAAUACAGUGAUAGAAAUUACAGCCGUGAUAAGAAUGGUUUCCAUGGAGCAAACAGUGUGAAGGUCACAUCCUAUGAGGAGGAAGCCCUGCGGACAAUGAAGGCGUUUUGGCUGCCUUCUGCUACGCCAGAAGCUGCUGUUAAAGUAGAUGCACCUGAUACCAGUACUAUCUGUCCAGAAGGCAGGGAGAAACUGAGGUUAAAGACACUUUUCCCUGUCCACUUCACUGAAGAUACUAGUGAGCAGAAAAAGCCCAAGGCUCUUGAUAGGACCUACCUUUGUCCUAGCUGCAAAGUUACUCUCACCAACACAAUGUCACUUGUGGCCCUUAGUUCAUGUGGGCAUGUAUUUUGCAAGAAAUGUGCUGAUAGAUUCAUGGCCGUUGAUAAGGUCUGUCUUAUUUGCAACAAACCAUGUAAAGAGAGAAAUUUGGUCAACUUGGAGAAAGGAGGUACUGGAUUUGCUGGUCAUGGUGAUCAUCUUGAGGCCACAGACUUCAAGCAUUUGGGAAGUGGUUCUGGUUUGGGCUUGGUAAGACCGGCAACGAAGACUUGAACCCAAUUGUCUAGCUUGUAGGUUCUAUGACACUCCAAAUCAGAAGAAGAAAAACUGCAAUAACUUCUCUUGAUGAAGUUAUGUCGCCAUGAUACCCAUCAUUAUAUGUCCUUAUCAUGAUGCCUCUAUGUUGUGUAUUUUGUUUAUUGUUUUCUGUUUUUUUUACCAAGUAUUAAACCAUGAUAAUUUGAAAAGUCAGUCAUGAUAAUUUUAAAGAGCAGCUCGUUUCAUUAA